AUGAACACAAAAAAGUUUGGGUGUCUUUUAGUCUUUUUGGUCGCGUUUUCAGCGUCUGUUUCACACGGAGAUGACAGUGAAGCGACAGAGACUGUUGCAGAAGCAGAAGGAACGGGGACUGAGGAUGCCGACACUGGAGAGCAAAGUGACUCGAAAGAACAAGAUUCCUCUUCUGAAGAAACUAGUGAGUCCGAAGUGGCCAAAGAAGAGGACGAUGUGCUGGUUCUGACUUCGAAAACAUUUGAUUCCGUCGUAAAGGAAAAAGAUGUGGUACUCGUAGAAUUCUACGCCCCAUGGUAUGUCAUCAUCGUGUUUUGUCCUUUUUACGCAUAAUUUUUGUACCUUUACUUUUCUCUGAUUUAGCUUUUGUCAUGACUACAAAGAAUUUUUUAAAAAGUUAUAUGUAUGCCGCUACAGCGGUUGUUCUCCACACAUUCGCUUGAUAAGUUUUUUUAGUAAUAAAAAGGCACAUCAUUGUGUUUUGAAAUCGAAAUAGUUGUUGCAAUUGAUCUCAACAAAGCGUUAACAUGCGGGUAAAUUGUUCUUGAGAAUCAACAGUGUUGGCAAACAUUUUUUCCUUAAAAAUUAUUUUAGUAUUAAAGAGCACGGAAAUUUUAAUGCUUAAAUCAAAGAAAUCAAAGACUUAAGCACAAGGUUAUUUAAUACAAUUGGUUGUAGUCAUAAUAAUAUCACAAUAAUAUUUUUAAUGAGACAAUUUCUUAUAAAUGCUAAUUACCCUCCUGCUAUUAAAUAUCUGUUAAUGUUGUAUUCUAACGUUUAUGAAAUACAGGGUUCUUUGUUUUCUGUUACAAGUACAUUAUGAAUAUUUUGAAAAACACAGUUUUUGACAUGGUUGUUGCGUUAAUAACAUUAAUUUUAUUACACAUGCAUUUUAGACUUUUCAAAACCACAAUUUUGCUCACUGUUAGAGCAAAGAACAACAAGCGCUUACCAGGAAAAUAUGCUUUUAAAUCUAUCUUUGUAGGUGUGGACAUUGUAAGUCAUUAGCUCCUGAAUAUUCAAAAGCUGCAAAGAAAAUGAAGGAUAACAAACCUCCUGUGCCAUUUGCAAAAGUAGACGCAACUGUGGAGUCUGAUCUUGCGCAGAAGUAUGAUGUUAGUGGCUACCCAACACUGAAGAUCUUCCGUAAGGGAACAGCAUUCGAGUACGAUGGUCCUCGGCAUGAAGAGGGUAUAGUGAACUCAUCAACUUUUUUAAAAAUGUUUGUAACAUUUUCAUUCCCUGCACCACAGAUGAAACUAAACUCUGGUCAAAAAUCUCUCCACAAAACAGUGCUAUUUAAUGUCCUCGUUCUAGGUCUUCAUAUGUGUUUCAACAUUUGAGUACGUGCCAUGAUAGGCCUGUGAAAAAAAGCCAUUGUCGGUUUGCCAAUCAAGUUGAAAGAAAAUUCAAAAUGCACUUCCUGUAAUUCAUUGAGUCUGUUGUGGCCCAGAACAAGGAUCUUGGCCCUGCUUUGGAGACGUUACUACAUUGUAACUGGGGUUAUUACAUUUUUAUAGUUCAAUAAAUAAUGAAGAAAAGAGUGCAUGGGAAAAACCUUAAGUGACUUGCGAGCUCAUUCUAAAUUAAAGUUACCUUUUGCUUUGUAAGGAAACAGAUGGAAAUUUCAAAGGAGAAUCCAAAUUUUGAUCAGAAGUCACUUGGAGAGUUUAUUUCAGGCACACCUUUGAAUACUCAUGUUAUUUUCACCAGAUAGUCUUAAAGAUCUUAGUAAGCAGACACAAACAUGCUUGUACAUGUGCAGUGUGUCUUUUCUGUAUUUCAAAGCAUAAAUUCACUUUAGAAGCUGUUCAUUAAGUUUCAUUGACAGUCAACCACAACCAUGUGAGUAUCGUUUCUUCACAAAAUGUUUAACGUACUGUUUGAAAGUUUUGAUAAUUAUAAGAAUUAUUUAGCUUAAUAUUUCAGCAGCAAUGCGCUUACAGUAGAAGCAAAUUCAGCUACUGUAUUGUGACUGAAACAGUCUCAAAUAAAUAUUAAUUAUAGCUCUGAGUGUACAUGUAUACUGUAGUUAUAGUGUUUUUGGCAGUCUAUAUCCCUCUCUAAAAUUCAACUACAUUACAACAAACCAGCACAAUUUACCCAGCAUUAUUGGUGUAUUCAUGUAACAAUGCCUGUUGUUUGUACACCUUGCAAGAUGUGCUGACAGGUUUUCACACUAUAGUUGUGCAGUGUGUUUAACUAGUUAAAAUAUGAGUACCUUUUUGUACAUUUUAUAAUUUAAGGUAUAUAUAAUCCUACCCUUUCUACAGUGCAGUUAAAUUUGUUAUUUUUUUAAAAUAUAAUUAAUCGUUGCGGAUACCUGAUUAACCAUAAAAGCUGCUUUAUUUUAGUUAAACUGUGUUCUUAAUGUAGGCUAAGCUUAGUUUUUUAUUAUACUAGUUGUGCAGUGUGUUAAACUUAGUACAUGUAACAUGAUUACCAGUUUGGGAACAUGAAAGUGUUAAGUUUUUAAGUCCUCAAACUUGUUGCUUUAAGCAUUUGAGUGAAUUAUACAGUUAAGAUCUAACUAACAAAUAAAAAGAACUGAACGAUAUUUGGAGGGAAUGAAAUGAGACACCUAACAAUCUUGAACGCUUUUUUCAGAAGUUCUAAAACAUAAAUUAUUUGUAAGCUUCUCACAGAUAAAAGUUGCUUCAUCUUGAGAGUCAAGAGUUUUCUCUUGAGACGUGACCUGGGAGAAAUAGAGUGAGAUUGGUUUCCUAUUUUAAAGUGUUUUUUGCCUCUACAGGCAUUGUUGAAUACAUGAAAGAGCAGUCAGACCCAAACUGGAAGCCUCCACCAGAAGCUGUCAUCACUUUAACCAAGGACAACUUCACUGACACCAUUAACAGUGAAUCUCUUAUGCUAGUUGAGUUCUAUGCUCCUUGGUAAGCAUGUCAAUAUUAUUUUUAAUGUUCUUUUUGUCAUUGCUUCUCAUUACCUCCUUCAGUUCCUAGUUUGCCAUGUGGGGUCAAUCAGGAAUCUGAGUCAUUGUUCAGUACCUGCUGGGAUUUCAUUGUUAGUAGGAACGCACCACAGCACCUUGUAACGGCUGUAUAUUAUUGUUAAGCAUCAUUGGACGUCCAUGAAAAUGGCACAACAUGUAUAUAAAGAAUGUCUUGUUGCUUUUAGUAUUGUGAUUGUUGUUGUUGUUGUCAAUUGUUGUCAUUGUCAUUAUUAUUAUCAUCAUCAUCAUCACCUUUAAUAUUGAUAUUUCCUGUUCUCUAUAUUUUUUUAACUUAAAGUGCAGGGCUGUCAAAACGUUUUUCAAUAGCAGGCUGAUAAUGAAUAGUAGGCGGCUUUGGAACUCGUACCAAAGGCGCACGUUUUUGAGGGCCAAGGCAUCUAGGGACAUUGUGAAAUUUAGAAUCUCGGAAAUCGCGUCUCCAGGGGUGUUCAAUAGGUAUUUUCCACCGCGGACGCCAUGUUGUUUCGUCGGAAUACACGCAAGACUGGAAGCAAUGCCGUCAAAAUGUCCCAGGCGUUCCACGACGUCGCACGGUUCGAAUGUUUCACGGGUCUGAAGCUGUUUAAAUAUGCGUUCAAUGUCAUUCAAAACUGGGAAACGGAUGCUUCACAAUUUUAUUCGAUGGUGCUUAUUUUUUUUAGCAGUCAUGACUCACUUAUUUUAGAAGGAGAUGGAAGUAGCCGGCGGUUUUGGCCGGCUACCGGCCCUUAUUGACAGCCCUGAAAGUGCUUCUUUACAAAUUCAGGCAAAUAAUGUAUAUUGGGGUAUUGUAAAAUCAUUUACAGAGGUUGUAAAUUAUUGCUUAAAAAUCAAGUGACCUUAAAUAUUAUGUACCAGGGAUCCAUAUUCGCAGUUGUCUGGUCAUCCCAGAGGACCAGACAAUCUUGCAUGGAUGAUUGAGAUAACUCCAAAAGUUGUCCUUUGGACAAAUGAGGUUUUGGUCAGCCAUGCACAAAAUCUUUUCCAAAAAUCGUAGGUUUGAUGGUGCAGUAUUUUCCACGAAAGGAUCACAUGCCCAGUUUUUGUGUUGUUAAUUGUUGGCAUUUUUCAUACUGUGAAGAACUGCAUUCAUGGGCCAUUCGCAGAGAACGUGACAGCACUCAUCAAGAUGUGGUGUUUUUCUAGAAAGCGUUUCAUCACCUUAGGCGGAAAAAAAAAUGCAGGCACCAGGUGCUGCCUUAUACAGGGAAAAAUGUAAGUGUACCUUUUGCCUUAAGGCAAACUGAACGGGACAGACCGUGGCUGCUUAUAAUAUGUAAGCAGACUGUGUUUAUCCUCAACCUUGUAGCCUGUUUUACUUUCUAUUUUAUUAAAACCCUUUAUUAGUAACUUUAAUGGAAAUAGUGCAAAUCAGAUCAAAUGUUCAAGUUACACACAAUUUUAUCACCAUUCUUUCUAUAAUUCUGCUCAUUUGUCCAGGCAACCUAAAUUGUAACUGGGCAAGUAUGCCAUCAAGCUUACUUGCCCGGCCGACGACUCUAAUAAAAAAUGAAUAUGGAUCCCUGAUCUCAACAUACAUGUAAAUAUGGUAUACAUGCAUCUGAACAAAGUUAUAUCUUCACUUCGUGAUUUUUCAUAUUCAAAUAAUCUAAUAAUACCAUCAACUGACGUGAUGUAACUCACUUUGACUCUGAAGACGACUGCUGCACAGGUUGUCGAAAUGUCAGUUAUUGUCAACAACUUUCUUUUUCAGGACUACUCUCACCCAAAUGAUCAUAUCCCAGCUACCUAUCUAAUUUGUUGUCUUUAUCUUGCACAUUAACUUAUCAGAUUUCGAUUUUUCCUUUGAUACACCAUAGGUGUGGACAUUGCAAGCAUCUUGCCCCAGUAUAUGAGAAAGCUGCCAAAUCCUUAAAGGAAAAUGACCCACCCAUCAAAUUGGCUAAAGUUGAUGCCACCUUAGAAUCAGAACUGGCACAGAAGUAUGAGGUAACAGGAUAUCCAACUCUGAAAGUGUUCCGCAAAGGCAAGCCUUCAGAGUACAAGGGACAGAGGGACCAGUAUGGUACGUACCAAAAUUCUUUUAUACAAAAUGUACUAGUAAAAAGCUGUAGAACAGGGGCUGUAACAAUACACUGAUUCAUCAGUUAACUGCCAUAUUCCAAGAUAGGAACAUACUGUUUGAGCAAUGUUUGCAACAUCACUGUCUUACUCCUUUCCCGACGUCUACAUUUUAGCCAUUGUAUUUGCUAUUCACCUUAUUCAAGAUAGUGAGCAGACGCGCACUUAGUAGUAUUGUCACUUGUCAGUUGUAUGGUGUCUUGUGCACCCACAAACAAUGGGGGCUAGUCUUGUCCAGCGAAAUACUUUAUCAUAAUGUGAUCAUCUUGCGUCAAAAAAAAUAAUUUUUUCGACACAACAGGUCACACUUCACCUUUAUGUUAUGUUGCAUUCAGAUGACCACAAUUAACCCUUUUUUGCAAACUAUAUUUUGACUAGAAAAAAAGAAAGUGAUAAAAUGACUAGCAACAACCAGGAUGUAAUAGACUCUCAUUGUUUGCGAUUUUGUAUCUGGCCCUCAGAAUUAUCGGUGUUCUUACUAACAGAUAUUACUGACCCAAAAUGAUUGUAUAGUGUUACUGUACAACUGUACUUGAAAACACAAAAAGGAGAUUACAGCAAAAGUAUCUUACACCUUCCUUUCCAUUUUAGCCAUUGAAGACUACAUGCGUUCUCAGGUUGGUCCAAGUUCCAAGAUCAAGUCAUCACUCAAAGCAGUCACUGACUUCAUGAAAGAAAGAGAUGAUGUUGUUAUAAUGGGCUUCUUUAAAGAUGAAAGUGACUCACUUUUGGAGCAGUAUUUGGAAGCCAAUAAUGACAUCAGGGAUGACUAUAACUUUGCACAUACCUUUGAUGCUACAGCCAAGAAGCAUUUUGGUAUUACAGAGAGUUCCGUUGUGAUGUUUCAACCGGAGAAGUUCAGGUCAAAGUAUGAGGACGAACACAUUGUGUUUAAGGUAAACAAAAACAUGUCAAGGUCAAAGAUUAUGAUUCAUUCAAAACAUUUCUCUUUCUCUGAUUGGCUGAAAUCCCCCAGCUAAGUCCUCAUAAUUUGAAAGAUGUUUGUGAUUGAUGUCUGAUGAAAUGACGUCGAUAGUUCAGUUUAACGCCCAAAAAGGUGCUGUUGUUUUAGUACAGUGAAGGAAACUAGCGGAAAACUGCAGACGUUUUAAAAACAUAACAAAAACAGCGAAGAUACAAAUACUUGAUGGGUGAAACUGCUCUUUGAAGAAUAUCUGCUACAUGUAGACUAAACAUUUCUUUGUGUCCUGAAUUUGGCGAGAAACAGGUAAUUGAAUUUGUGAACUAAACAUCCAUUUAGGCUAGCAUGUUCUUAAAGUAAAAUUAUUUUGAAUGAUUGAGUAAUUUAACAAUUACUGUAUUCAGCUUUCUUAUGAUUUGAACAGAUCGAGGAGCGAGGGUAACACCCACCUGCCUCAAUUCCUAUAAUUGUUCAACAAAAGAAAUGUUGAGAACAAAUUUACAAUGUUCUAAAUCUCUACAUAUCACAACAGCCUACAAUAAUUUUGUUGGGGGAGUCAUUUUCCCUGAUUUUCAAAUACCUUCAAACCACUCGUAACUGAUCACCCAAAAUGUGAGGAUUAAGUGGUUGCUAACAAGAAGAGGUGGCUGCUUGCAAGAAUCAAACCACAGUGGGUCUCUUCUUAGUAUAGGUCUGGACACAUCUGCGUUUUGGAAGAAAAUUCAUAGCAGGCAAUUCAUACAAAAAUUUCCGAUAUGUGUAGUUUCAUGUCAUCUCUAAAAUUCAUUGCAUAAUCUGAGUAAUGUAGCAACAGCAAACAUAGGGAUCAAACCAUGCGUUAAGUGGUCGCUUACAACAGGUUUAAAACAAUAGAAAACUGUCAUGCAAAAAAUUGGUCGCAGUCUCUUUUAAUAUGAGAGGUGUUCGUUUUAGCUGCAUUUCACGUUUUUUCCGCAUCAUGGGAAUUUUAAAGCAUUUAAUAAUUGCAUUUAAUUUUGUAUUGUUUCCUUUAACAUCAGGGAAAGGACCCCAAACCAGAAGAUCUUCAAAAGUUUUAUAAAGACAACCAGAUUCCACUUGUGGGACAGAUGAGCCUACAUAGCAAAGAAAAAGUGUACACUAAGCGGCCUCUGUGUGUUGUCUACUAUGGUGUUGACUUCAGCUUUGACGGUCGGCAAGGUGGGCUAAAUUUUGACCCUUUUUUUUUCUUGCACUGUCAGUAAAAACCAUUUUGAAAGGCUACAAUAGAGAGCUUUAGAUUCUGAGAAGAGGACGACUACGGGUACGAGAUUUUCUCAGUACUAAUUCUAGUGCUCUUGCGUGAACCAAUCGUCACUUUGGCGGGAAAAGGUGAUAGCCGUCAUCAUUCUACUACGAGUUUUAGCGAGAGAAGGGACCUUACGAAACUACGAUGGCGACGGCCACGGCCACGGCAACGUCAAAAAGCAAUGGGUCUAGUUAGCAAAACAACAGCUCUGCACGUGCGUCACGGUUUUUUUGUACAUUUCUUUGCCGUCCCUGCGCGACUACGACGUGAAAUGACCAAAAAAUUUAAGUUUUUUUUGAGGACGGGAACGGCAAGGCGUUAAAAAUUCUACUAUCUCUGUCUGAACUAAGUUGCGGCCCCCUCUCUUCAGCUCCAACAUAAAUUUCCUUCUUUUAAGUAACUGUGCGACUCGGGAUAAUCGCCAAAUGGUUUGAAAGGACGCGGAGUCUAUUUUUAAGCAAGGUUUUCCUGGACGUCGCCGUUGUCGGAUCGUAAGGUCGCCAAUGUCCUAGUGGCGGCAACAAGUUAUCAGGUUUUUAGAAAAUCAUUUUGCCACCGGGAAAGGGCUAAACCUUCUCCAAUAAAAGUAACCCCACUAAUUUUUCGGGUGAAAAAUGGUACAAUGAAGCUUUCGGGGGUUGCAUGUUUUUCGACAGUACGCGAAAAAACGUUAAGUUAAGUCUCGUACUCGCAGUCGUCCUCGUCCUCAAGUCGAAAGCUCUCUAGUAUUAGCCUGAAAAAACAACCCAUAUCUCGCGGCGCAACCACUAAUUUCCAAACCGGGAACAAGCCUCCCCAGUGGAGGAAAAAGGCGGAAAAAGCCAGCGGGAAUCAUUUGAUUUUGCUGUUUCAGGCCGUUCUUUGCCUUCUCCCCUUACUUCGUUGCCUAGUCCCAGUCUAAAGGUUUUCCCGCGAAAUGACGUCUGAGGGUCCGUCUGAGGAACGGGCGCGAAAGGUCCAUACUGAUGACGUGUCAGUACCCUGAUCUGGGUAGUGCUUCUGAUUGAUCGUGCGAGGGAAAUUUUCUUCAACCAAUCAAAAGCACUCCAUAGAUCUGGGUAGUGACUCGUCAUCAGUAUGGAAUUUCUGCGCUCGUUCCUCUGACGUCAUUUUAGGGUGUUGGCGUCGAGAAAUGUCGGCCGCUAUCUCUGGCCACUAGAAUGUAUGUCACUAAAGUAUCCUUUCCAACUGGCAAUCGAUUUUCUUAAGCUUUUUGGGGAAUAAAAAGUACUUCUUUAAAACAACCGUUUUUUGUGACAGAAACCGCAGUGUGUUUGAAUGAAAUAUUGACUUUUUUCAGCUUAGUGUUGUUGUUAUUUUUAUAAAGGUGUUUUUUCGCUACCAGGAAUGACUGUACUUUCUAAACCAGAUGUAAACCAUAAUUAUUCCACCAUAUGAAAAGUCAUCAAUUUAUUAAAUUAAGGAAAAUUUAACCUUUAUAAACAAAAUUUGAACCCCUCUAUCGCUUUUAGGACCUGGGAAGUGCGCGCCCAAACCGCUCGCAAAAAAAGAACAGAACAUUUUCUGCUGCUUUUCCUGUGUUGUGAUCAAUUUAUUUUCACUUACCAGUUGGCUUUGUCAGCGUGAUCGUGUCAUUAGACUGUGCUUGUAUUGACUAGUUUAUUUCCUUGCAUCUCUUUCUAGCCACACAGUUUUGGCGCCAAAAGGUUCUGAAAGUGGCCAGUGAGCAUCGGGACAUCACGUUUGCUAUUGCUGAUGAAGCAGAGUUUGAGAACGACCUCAAGGAAUUUGGACUGGACGAUUCUGGAGAGGAGAUUAGCGUGGGUUGCUUUGACGACUUGAACAGGAGAUACAGAAUGGAACCUGAUGAAGAAUUUAGCGAAGACAGCUUGCGUGACUUUGUGGAACAAUUUAAAGAAGGUAAACCCGUGCUUCGUGUGUUUUUUGUAGUUGCUGUUGUUGUUGCAUAGCUCCCGCUGUUAACUAUUUUUCCAAGACUAGAUGCACAAGCAGCCUUUCGCGCCAAAGUGUCAAAAGUGCCAAGCCUUUUUGCAAAGUUGGGUGGGAGGCUGCCAGGGAAGGGUGCGGGCAGAAGAGGGAGGUUCCAAAUCCCCUGAAACUGGUCACUAAAAAAUCAACUACGAAGCAAUUUAGGGGGCGUUCGCACAUCUCGUGUAGUAGAACAAUAUCUUCACGUUUUUUACCUUGGCGUCUUAGUUUUCGCUUUCACAGCAGAAGGUCAGCGAAACACGUGCAUCGCAGGUGUUUGGGAGCAACAAAAAACUAUCAACGACCGCUUCAAGUUCAAUAAUUUAUCCUGAUCGUAGUGAAUGUAAGUAAGUCGUUACACAAAGAGAAGGAAUGGGAGUCCGCACCUCACCACCCCCCCGCACGUCCUCCCCUUGCUUUGCCCCUACAGGGCCCGAAAAACAAUUGAAGUCGUUCGAUUGACAACUUUUCUUAAUAAAAUCAUUGAUUUAGUUACAGGAUAACGUGCCUGGACCUUUGCCCAUGAGGAAAGUGAGCUUAAAGAGUUACUUGCCUAGCAAGAAAAUGUACUUGUCCCGAACGACCGGACGGGGUUUUUUCGAGCCCUGGCCUGUUUAAUUGGCAAUAUCUCCGUUACGCAGAUAACUUAUAAACGUUAACAUUUUUCGUAACAGGAAACCUCAAACCCCAAGUGAAGUCUCAGCCAGUACCAAAGAAAAAUACAGGUCCCGUCACAGUUGUGGUGGGAAAAACAUUCGAAGAAAUCGUGAUGGAUCCCAAAAAAGAUGUGCUAAUUGAGCUGUAUGCACCAUGGUGCGGUCACUGUAAGGCCCUUGAACCCAUCUACAAGAAACUAGGGAAGCACUUUAAAGAUGAAACCAACUUGGUCAUCGCUAAAAUGGACGCUACUGCCAACGAUAUUCCUCCGGGAUAUAGCGCGGAGGGUUAUCCAACCAUCUAUUUUGCUCCGGCAAACGAUAAGAAGAAUCCGAUCAAACACGAAGGCGAGAGAGGACUUGAUGACCUAAUUAAAUUUAUAAAGGAAAAAGCGACGGUCUCGCUGAAAAAGGCCAAAGAAGAACUUUAAAAUUAUUUUAGGUACUAGUUGAAACAUGUUGACUAUUUUACAAAAGAGAAUGAAACAGGGCUCCAUGGAUGGCCCAGGUGUGUUAGAACGCCAGAAGGACGUGCGCCGUUUUUAUUCACUCUGUUUGUGUCUUUGUGAGUCGCUUCUCUCUGUUCUCUUCCUGGUUAUUAAGGACAAAGAAAUAUUUGCAAAGUAACCCAAGCUAGAUAUCAAACAAAUAGUCCUGUCCCUGUGUCUUGCACAUAGAUACUCUUUCGGGGCUGCAAAAGAAAAAACUUAGUUUCAGUGUCUUGUGUCUUUUCUACACUUCAAGAAUCCAGACGCGUUUCACUUAAAGAAGAAUUGCUUAAUAAAAGGAUGAAUAUUCUUUAUUAGCCUGCAAAAACAUCCGUUUCUCCUCGCUCUUCGCCGCUGGGGACGUUUUGCGUUUCCUCCUCGCCGCGAAACGUCCCCAGCGGCGAAGAGCGAGGAGAAACGGAUGUUUUCGCAGGCUAAUUCUUUAUUCACUUUGUUUCUGGAAAUAAGCUAGAUGGAAAUUAUAUAACCGAUGGUUACUUUUGAAAGCUUUGAUAAUUAAAUUCCAAUGGGACGUGAACGUCGGCCAAAUUUUUAAAUCUUCCAGUUUAGUCCUUGCAUUGCCCUCCACGAUUCCCGGAAUCUACAAUGCUCCAGUUUGUUAUUCACAAGAUGCUACUGAAUAAAGCCAGAAUCAUUCUUGCUUCACAAACGCAAAAUGCAUAUGCUUCUCCAACCAACGUUUCCUAGUGUAGCCACAAUGGGAGAUAUAUUGUUUUUACAUUUGGUUAAGCCCUAAGGCCACUGAAGGCGGGAUUCACUUUUAAAAUAUAUUAACAAGUUAAAGACGGUGCCUCGAUGUUUGUUUUACAUUUCCUCGUCAGUAUUUCGAGUUUUGUUUUUAUAUGAUCCCGUAUAGCUGAAGUGAAUUGAAAAGACCAGAGACUCGUUUUUCGAAAGUCCCGAUAAUUAACGGGCCCGUAAAGCUGUUAUGGUUUACAUGCAAGAUAGAGGUUUCAAUAGUUUUGCAUCUAACAUGAUAAAACUAUAAGUUAACGAAACAGAAUGGAGUAGUUUGCUAGCCAGGACCCUCGCUCUUCUUCUUUACAUUUCCAUUUGAAAAUUUGA